UCUGUCCGUUCGCAGGUGGCUCGGCGAGGUGCGAAAUACGGGAUGCCGGCCCCGAUGCUGGUCCGAUUCGAGCAGGAAAUCGACCGAGACAUCGCCAAGGACCAGAAGGAAGCCAAGGACCAGAAGGAAUCCGGGGCCUCUGCGUCCACCGGGGCGCAGACUCCAGACGACACGGACUCGGUCGACCCGUACGACGACUCCUACGACGACGACAGCGAGGCCGGGGAAUUCGGCCCUCGGCCCCAGGUCGUCACCAACGACCUCAAGAGCCUCGACGAAAUGGUGCGAGAGCUGGUGGAGCGAUGCCAGUGCCCCACUCAGUUCCCGAUGAUCAAGGUCGGCGAGGGCAAGUAUCGCAUCGGGGACACCAAGAUCAUGAUAUACGUCCGGAUCCUGAGAACGUACGUGAUGGUGCGGGUCGGCGGGGGGUGGGACACCCUGGAAAAUUACCUCGACAAACACGAUCCCUGCCGAUGCAGAAACGGGCAUCGAAUGGCCAUCUCGAGCCGCCUGACCGUAAAAGGCGGUCUGGAAACCAACAGCCCAAGGAUGCAGGUCAACUACGAACGGGCGAAUUCGCCGGGGCACUCGAGACGAAAUUCCAUGACGAAUCUGUCGGCGGGAUCCCGACGAAAUUCCCAGACGGAUCUACUCCAGGCGACUCCCCCGAACCUGGCGACUCUCCCGAAUCUGGUGACUCUCCCGAAUCUGGUGACUCCCCCUGCUUCCAGGAGGAGUCUCAGUCCCGCUUCGAAUUCGUCUCGAAACCGGUCUCGGAAUCAGAGCCCGGUUCCUUCUGCCAAACGGGCUCUGAGGCCGGAAAGUCCCGAUGUGACCAAGAGACCCGAGAGUCCCGGAAUCCGGAACCGAAACGGGUUACGGAACAAACGAAGCGAGAGCCCUGCGGCCGCGAUCCGGAGCAGGCAGAAGCGCAGCGAGAGCCCCGCCGGUCUGCCCCGGGGGCUCACGGGAUCCCGCGGAUCUAGUCCCAGCCCGGCUGGUGUCAGACGGGACCGGUGCGACUCGGAGGUGUCGGACGAUGGGUACCGGAGCGAGUCUCGGAUUCCCUUACUCAAAUUAACGAAGUACGUGCAACCGAAGAGGAUGACCAACUUCGUCGAGGAUGUCUCCGCGGAAAACGGCCAGAAUAGCCCCGAACGACCGGAGUCUCGACUGACGGGGGGAUCCUCGGAAUGCAGCAGCACCCUGUCGACCGACGAGGGGCUCUAUCUCACCCCCGAACCCUCCAACCAGCGACAGCAACAACCCCUGAGCCGUCGGAAGUCGAUCGACAACAGCCAGCUGGACUGGACGGAGGACGACCUCGACGUCGGCAUCGGAGAGUUGAGAAGGAACGACCCCUGGCGUCACUCCGCCUCCUCCCGGAUCCCGAGGAAGGUGACGAAGAACGGUAUGACGACGUGGAGCGGGAGGAGCGCGCAGAAGAAGGAACGACCUCGCCUGGCCCCCGACCUCUUCUCCCCGAUCCUGAAGGAGAUGCUCGCCCGACCCGAGGAGCUGGAGGACGACCGCAAGAUCCUUCAGAGGAUGGAGGAGAUCUUGAAGCAGUACAAAGGGCGGGGCGGCGAGGAGGACCAGAACGAGGAAGAUUAUCGGCGGAUUUCGCCGAUUCGCAUCUCGCCGCCGCGCAAGGAUGGUCUCGCUUCCAAGAUCCCCAUCCCGACCUACUAUGUCCAUUCCCCCGAAGCCUAUUUGUGAAGAACGAAUCGGUGCUCCAUGGUGCUGACAUCAUUGUUUCUUAAGAAAGAAAAAAAAAAUCAUCGCUACUCUCAUGAGAUAGGAUCAUCGCCUGCUUGUGUGAUAUUCCGAAGUCCUCCAAUCAAAAAAAGUUUUUGGGAAUUUCCAGCAUCGCUAGUUUCGAAAGAAUUUUUUCUGAAGUUGACUGGAAUCGUUUUGUGGAAAGUCUCGCUUUUUCUCGUCCGGUGACUAAUGUUAUGUGAGAAGGUCUAAUUGCUAGACACUAACAAGAGAUGGAAAAUAAAUUUCUCAUGAAAUUCA